GUAUCCUAUGAUCUCCAGCAGAGAUUCUUCAUCAGACAAAGGCAGCAAGGAAAGCUGGUGUCCAAGUUGUUUGCUGUGCCUGGAUUCGGCAGCGAGUGUUGCAAAGCGGAUUUUUUGCACUGUUGCGAUUUGGGCAUCACUUCUGAUUGGAUGGGCAGUUUCCUUUUCUAUCUCCAGAGCGAGAAGAUCCAGGGCGCAAGCAAACUGAUCCGGUGCACGAAGCUUUUCGCAGACAUCGAUGUGUGGUAUCGAGAACACAACAGCGAAGAUUGCGUGCCCAAGUUGCUUCCCACCAUGUUGCGAGAAGAGGCUAGAGCCUUGGUGCCCUGCAUUCUGCGUCUUGCGCAGAAGUAUUUGGAUGUGACCAAAGUUGCCGAGCUUACAAUGCUUCGUGGCUGCAUGGAGUUGCAAGCCAUCUAUUCCAAUUUGAGUGCAGGCUCUUGGAACAGUCAGCAUUUCCAUGCUGCAGCUCAUCGGUUUUUGCUUUUGAACGGAAGCCUUGAGACGCACUUCGAAGAGGACAAGCUUUUUCGGGUCAAGCCCAAAGGUCACCUCUUGCUCGAGCUCGCUAGGCGGCAGUCCACACCAAGUGCUACGUGGACGCACCGGGGCGAAAGCUUUGGCCACACUGUUGUCACUUUGGCUGGCCGCAGAGGUGGGAAGUAUAGCGUGAAAGCUAUCUCCAACUCCGUCUUGAGGCGAUUUAUGGCUGCCAAUGAGCUGCCAAAGUUGCAAGCCUGA